AUGAAGCGAACCUCUUCCCCUCUGCCCCCAACGAAUCGCAUGUCAACCCUGUCGGUCCACAGCCCCCACCACUCCCUCUCCCUCUCCUCCGCCCCCCUUCCCCGCUAUUGGAAGCCUACCACGGAACGUACCAAUCCAUGUCACCAUGCCCUCCCCCUGCUCAUGCCUCCUCUCCGGACAUCAUAUCCUCGAGCGCUCUCCCCCCUCGGUUCAGACUCUGAAUCCGAACAGAAGAAGAAACGACGCGCGAGGUUCCACGACCCGGUCGACGACGCUGCCAGGCUGGCAAAAGCCCUAAAGGGCGACCGCCGCCCUCCCGAAACAGAACCCCUCAUCGAAAUCCUGCCAGGCAUGUCCCACGAGCAAAUCAUGGAGCUGCGCCAGGAAUACAAGCGCCUUGUCAAAACCGGCACGGAAAGAAAGGGAGUCAACAUUGCGAAACAUAUCCGUGCCAGGCUCAAGGAUGAGGAUCCCAACUUGAUGAAGGCGUGUUACGCUACUGCGCUCGGCAGGUGGGAGAGCGAGAGUUACUGGGCUAAUUUUUGGUACCAUGGGGAUAAGACGCGGAGGGAGUUGCUGAUUGAGAGUUUGAUGGGGAGGUCAAACGAGGAGAUUAGGCUGAUCAAGGACGGGUUUAGUGACAAGAAGUAUGGGAAUUCUCUGACGAGGGCGAUGAGGACGGAGCUGAGGGAGGACAAGUUUAAGAAGGCGGUGUUGAUGGUGCUGGAGGGGGGGAGGCAGGAGGAUGUUUGGGAUGGUAGGGAAAGGAGGUGGAGGAUUGAUGCCGAUUUGGUGGAGCAGGAUGUUAGGGAGUUGUACAAGGCUGUCAAGAGCGAGAAGGGCGGGGAGAGUAAGAUGUUGGAGAUUGUGGUGGGGAGGGGGGAGGAGCAUUUGAGGGAGGUGAUGAGGGUUUAUAGGGAAGUUAGUAGGGGAGGGAACUUUGCCAAGGAUGCGCUGAAGAAGAGUGGGAAUUUGGUGGGCGAGGUUCUAGCGCAUAUCCUCAACGGGGUGAUCAACAAGCCCAUGAGAGACGCCAUGUUGCUCCAGCACGCGCUCAAGGCGUCCAAGAAGGACGAGCUGAGAAAGGAGCUGUUGAUUUCGCGGUUGGUGAGGUAUCACUGGGAUGCCAAUCACAUGCAGCAGGUGAAGCGGGCGUUUAGGGAACAGUAUGGUCAGGAUCUGAGCGACGCUGUAAAGGAGGGCACCAAGGAUGAAUGGGGUGCUUUCUGCAGGGCGUUGUGCAUCACACGUAUGCCUGAUGCGGAAAAGGUUAUUGCGAGGGUCGAUAUUCAUCGGAAGUGA